AUGGCAACAUUAGAUCAAUUCGUUGUAAAUAUCCGGCAAUUGUCAACCGAUGGGAAAUUUAGCGACUUAGCACAAACAUUAAGCAAUCCGAGCAUUGACCAUUUAAGUAAAAAUAUUCAAUAUAUCGAUUCAAUCAUCGCUACUUUCCCUCUACCGGAUUAUUCAAUGUGUAUGUUAGCUUGUUUACAUGCCAUUGCCAAGGCACCAAAUAUACCUAAUUUUGAUGCAUUUCUAUCCCAAGUUGAUAAUUUCAUUCAGACAAGUUCGGCUGAACAAGUUCAAUAUUUGCCUCAAUAUCUAUGCGAGAUAUGUCAUGUCAUAACAGAACAACUUCGGAAAGAAAAUCGAGCUCGUUUGGGAGUUCCGAUUCUUUAUCGAGCAAUUGAGCUUUUACGUCGUGAGCCCGGUCAAUUGUUAUCCAUCCAUUCUGAUCUUUAUCAAUUAUGUCUUCUUUGUCAAUGGUUCGAGCCUGCAUUAACUUAUCUGGACGCUGACAUCGUUGACAUAAAUCGUGAAAAUGGAAAAUUCGAUGUCAAACAUCUUCUUCUUGCUUAUUAUUACGGUGGAAUGAUCUAUGCUUGCAUUAAACAGUUCGAUCGCGCAGGCAACUUCUUCGAGAACGUCAUAACCGUUCCAUCACAAGCCACAUCUGCGAUCGCGAUCGAAGCGUAUAAAAAAUAUGUUUUAGUGAAAUUGAUAUCCGGUUCCAUUCCAGCGAACCCAUUGCCAACUUAUACAAGUCGAACUGUUCAACAAACCAUCGGCAGCGUAUGUGGUGCACAAUAUACUGAAUUAUUCAACAUAUUCAACAAUCAAACAUUAGCCCAAUUCGACGAAUUCGUUAAUCGUCACCGUGACCAAUACGCUCGUGAUAGAAAUUUAGGUUUAAUCAAACAAACGCGCACCGCAUUUAUAUGCAAUAGUAUUCAACAACUAACGAAAACAUUUCUCACUGUAUCGUUGAAAGAUCUUGCUAAUCGAGUUCAACUUCAAUCGACAACUGAAGCUGAAAGAUAUCUUCUUGAUAUGAUCGAGAAUGAACAAAUAUUUGCAUCGAUCAACAAACAAGAUGGUAUGGUGAUAUUUCAUGGUUCACCGGAAAAAUUUGAUGCGAAUAAUAUGCUAGCGAAGUUACAAGAUGAAACCGAAAAACGAAUGCAAGCUGAAAAACAAUUACGAGAAUUAGAACGACAAAUAUCAUUAAACCACAUAAUGCAAAAAUCUUCAUCACUUUUCAGACCGAAUACAUUUCGCGAUAGCAAUGAGACCACAGCUAAGCACGACUUGGUGGAACCAUCAGCACCAGUAGAAGAACGUAUGGAGUCGAAUUCUCCACCUCGACUUUCCAUGGUUUGUCCGAUGGAAAUGGAUGAACAAUCAUCACAUCGUAUUACUAAUCGAUUUGUGAUGGAAGAGGGGAAAAAACAUAGAUACCGAUCCGCAUCAGCAAUAAAGCAGGGAUUUGAUCAAUUACAACGUGUCUUUAAAUCCGAUGAAAUCAAACAAUUUUUCCCUCUUACGAAAUCAAUCUUUCGAGCUAAUAAUCGCAAUGACAGUGAUGAAGCUAAUCAAGAACAAACUGGACGUGAAGAAAUGAGUCAUAAUGAUAAUAUAGCUCUAGAAGCUUCUGGUUAUGAUCAAAGUCGACUGGCAGAUUUAAGUGCCGAUGAAGCUUUUGCUCUUCAACUUCAACAGGAAGAAUAUUCCAGAGAUAGUUUAGCAACAGCUCGACAUCCUUUCUUUCCGUUUCGAGUUGCGUCUGAUGACGAAUCAGCAACAGCGAGUGCACCGCCAUACGUUGUGGUUGAUGAACAUCCGAGUUUCCCAAAUGAUGACGAAUUGGCGUUAUAUGUGCACAGACAAGAACAGGCUACAAGACAACGACAUUAUCCAUAUCCAAGAACAUUGUUUGGUCCACGGCAACGAUCGAAUGAACAUUCUCAAUCCGGUGAAAAUGAUAAUGAACCUGUUGUACCUUCACCUUACCCGACAUUUUCAUUUCGAAAUCAUUCUCACAAUGAAGAUGACAGUGACGAAGAAGAUGGUUAUCCAAACAUGCGUCACCCGUUGUUUCAAUAUCUUCUUCAGCAAAAUGGGCCUCUGCCUGAAGACUUUCCAGCGUUCUUAGCCGGCUUCCCUCGACAAAGACGUCGUCGUUCAGGCAACUUGCAAGACACAGAAGAAGAUUUUGGUCCAGAAGAUUACGAACGAUUGCUUCGACUUGACGAGACCGUUCAUAAGAAGAAGUUAACGAAGGAGCAAAUCAACUCCAUUCCAAUCGAGUCAUUUCAUCGUACAUCGAAUACGAAUACCGAUGAAGAAAAUAAAUGCGGGGUAUGUCUCGAUCUAUUCGAAACCAAUCAGGCACUACGGCGUUUUCCGUGUCGGCAUGUCUAUCAUAAAGAAUGUGCUGAUCGUUGGUUACAGGAAAAUAAUGUUUGUCCAAUCUGUCGAGAACCGCCAGUGAAAGUACAAUCAGCGACUAAUUCUCGUCAUCAUCGAACUAUGAACUCGACUCAUCAUCACAAUCAGAACCGUGAUAAUCGACGACCAACGCAUACUAAUCGAAAUCCGGCUCCUCGACCUAAUACUAAUUUCGGUAAUUUGCGUCGAGGAAGUUCUCAACGACCAUCGUGA